AUGACAUCACUUAAAGAACUGAGAUUAGAUAACAAUCCUCUAGACUGCUUGAAUUGCGAAUUAGAAAAGAUUAAGAUUUUUCUACAAAAUCAUACAAAUUUGGGAGAUACAGGUGCUAGGUGUGACGGACAACUGCUAAUACGCCAUUCUUUCACCAACUGUAAAGAAUCAGAGACGACACCAGAUGGGGUUCAAACUUCCACUACUACGAACCAUCAAAGAAGUACAGUUGACAGUACAACAGGCAUAAAAGAUACUGACGUUAUCAUCUAUAUAUCGAGCGGAGCUGGCAUAUUUCUCGUUUUCAUUUGCAGUAUCGUUGGCUUUUGUGUAGGAAAAAAGUACCAGAGCGCAAAUAUAAAUCAAAAUUUAGGAAAUAAUCAACAGAUACAUUUGAAUGCUCGUGCAAACGUAGACGAUGCAGUUUCAACAAGCCAAAACAUUCCAACUAGAAGGGGGAGAGAUAUGGAAUAUGAAGAAAUAAAUGAAAUAGAGAUGUCCGAUUUUAUUUUGUCACCAUCCGGACAAGGAAGUACUACUGCUGAUGAAAACUCAAAUCAUUCGUCAGAAAGGAUACAGCUGCCUACAGAAGAUUAUCUGAAUCCAUAUCAGUCGCUGCUGCCUUCACUACAGCGGCCAACACAGGAGGAUUCAGAUGACUCUGGGGAGAGCAGGCCUUACACAAACCUGUACGAACCUCUUCAACAUAAUAGACAGGACGAAUCGUCAUCGUAUGCAAGAUGUGCAAGUAUAGUGUGUGAAGAAGUCGUUGAUGAACCAAUUUAAACAAAUCGAUUCAAAAUUAAAGGAAAAGGGCAAACGGUAUAUGAACACUUUCGAAAAUAACAACUUUGCAGUUACGAUAUUACCAUUGAAUAGUUUUUAAAAAGUUGAGCACACUUGUGCUGAUAUGAAAUAAGUAGAGCAUCUACGAUACCCUUUUUGAAAUUCUCCUUUAAUCAGAUAAAAGAAGAUGUGGUAUGAGUGCCAAUGCGAAAACUCUCCAUCCAAGUGACAAUUUAUAAAAGUAAACCAUUAUAGGUCAAAGUACGGUCUUCAACACGAAGCCUUGGCUCACAUCAAACAGCGAGCUAAAAAGAGCGCCUAAAAUUAGUUUAUUAAAACCAUUCAAACAGGAAAACCAACGGUCUAAUCUAUAUAAAAAAAGAAACAGUUUAAAAAUUAUCAAGAAACAUAUGAUAUCACUUUGCCUUAGUUGAAUUUGUCUAUUAUAUUAGGAUUACUAUUGAUGAUAUGUUUUUAAUCAUUUUUCUGUACUUAUCCAUUCAUGGCUUUCAAUGUUUUGAUUUGAGUGUUGUUGCUCUUCAGACUUAUUUAUUGUAUAAAAGUGAUAAGUUUUUUUCGAUCACUGGGUCGAUACAACAUGCAUGUUGAACUAUUGUUUCCCGAAGUUAGUUUGUCGAUGCUCCCAUUAUUUAUAAUACAUCUUUUUGUACAUUCUCUGUAUCUUAAUGUAUCAAUCUUUAAGGAACUAGGGUUUCGACUCCCUUUUGCAAAGUUAUCCUUAGAUAUAUUGAACAUAAAGUUAUUAAAGUGUGUCGGUUUAUAAACACCCUUGGCUGUAAUGUUUUAAGAGUUUAGCGUAUCUAACGCGUCUUAAUCAAGUAAAGUUCAAAAGCCUAAAAAAUGCCCGCAUAUAUUUACUUCUAUAACAUUUUAUAUUAUCUGUCUAUUUUCUUAUGUACAGUUUAUUGCAUAGAAAUUGUUUGUUAUUUUGUUUUAUAGUUAUAAAUAUAAUAGAAUACAAUUCAGAAAUGUGCAGAUAUACUUCAUCAAUUCUGUUUCUGUAAUGUUUAAGAAUUUACUUAGGUAAUCUAAAGUAAAAUCAAAUAAUCUAAGAAUUCAAAAUUGAAGCUUAUAGAUAUAGGUAGAUGUGGUGUGAGUGCCAAGCUGGAAAAGUGAAAUUAAGGAUCAUAAUGAGCUAAAAAUAUUGAUAGGUCAUGGAGCUCCUUUUCGAGAUAUUUGAUUUAUAAAAUAUUGCGGGAAAAGGCUGACUCAGACUUUUAUAUUAUAUAUGCAUUGGUAUUACUUGGGUUCAAAAUCAACAGAAAGAAAAUCAAGAAUCUGCUUAAAUUUUGUCAAACGAUCUUUUAUGAGCUAUUAAUUCUUAUGUUAAGUGAUAAAUAUGUGUUAUGCGGAAAAAUAUUUUACCCUGUGUCGUAUGGAAAAACACUAAGAAGUCCUAACAUUUGACACUUAUUCCAAAACCUCACCUUUACAUCCUUAAUGUAGCAAAGGAGCAAUUAAAUAGCAAAUAGCAAAAUUUCAAAACAACAACCAACAGAAGUCUACCAUAAUCAAAGAAAAUUUGAGAUUAAACAACGUAAAUCCACCAAAUGACCUGGAUAAGAUUAUUUGCUUCAAAAUGAUAAACAGUUAUUGCUGUUUAAUUGACUAUCGUUAUAAUUGCUCCCAUCAUUAUUCAAUGCAAGACAUAUUUAACAAUUUGAUCACAGUAAGUGUAUGUCUAUAUGUUGAUGUUAUUUUGAACAUUUUAUCAUGGUCUUUUUACAACAAGUAUCUAUCAGCAUAUGUAUACUUUUCCAUUGUUGAGUACUACAAACAUAUAAGUUUUAAGAAAACUGCGUGCACUCAUUAAGUGUAUUUAUAAAAAGAUUAUUCCCUCCAUAUAAACGAAAAGCACCAGACUUUAUAUUUAGUUUAACUGUUUAUUAUACAAGUGUGUCAUUAUAAAGAUGUGCUUCCUUAUACAUUAUCAUACUGCAUCUGUUUUACUCAACUAUUGUAUUCGUAUUUAUAUUGUACUUUGUAUAUAUACUUGUGUAUUAGUUUUUUUGAAAAAAUAAAUGUAUUUAUCUAUCUAUCCAUAUACCUAUCUUUUUAGUAGAACGUGAUGGUUUUAAUCGUCGUUCUUACUGAAUUUGUAGAUAACUAUAGUACUUUUGAAGGAGGAAAAGAACUAAUAUUACUCGUUGAAGGAAUAUGUUCUAUUUUUUUGUUCUCAUCACUUGGCAUUCGUAAUCUUCCGUUAAUUUUUACAAAAUCUUCUUUUCUGAAACUUAAGGAUCAAAUUUAACAAAAGUUUGCCACAAUCAUCAUAAGGGUAUUCAGGUAAGGAAAUGUCCGCCCUGAAAUUGUAAGACAAUUCAGACAUCCCGUUGUUGGGUUGCUUUCCCUGAAAUGUGUUCAGCAAAGUACGAUCUUCAAAUAAUUUAUUAUGACCAAUAUUGUCGAUUGACCCAUUGAGAAGUUAUUGCCCUUUGUAGUCAUUUUUUGGUAAAUGUUUGUAAUCUUUUAUAAAACUUAUCUCAACUUAAUACUCUGUGGCCUGGUUUUCGAAAGUAUCUUAUGACAAAGACAUGUCUUACGAUGGUAUUAGGACUUGUCAUAGUCGUAAGACAUGUUUUCGAAAGUGUCCAAAGUUACAAUUUGUCAUAAUUAUGUCGUAAACUUAAAACCCCUCUCGACAUGACUUAUAAUGGUCUAAUGAUUGUCAACUAAAAUUUAAAUGACUUUUCAUGACUUUUUUUGCAUAAUUUCUGAUUGAUUGCAAUAAAAAUAUUUGUUAUGUUUCUCAGUUAGCUAAAUAGUAGAAAUUUUAUUACUACGUGAAUUAAAAUUUGAAUCUCCUGUGCUAUAUAAUUUGGAUUUUUUUUCUAACUUAUGGUUUUGUACAAUAGAUAUACAUAUUAUUCCGUUCCUAGUAUAUUUAAUAGUACUGUAUUAACGUAUGUUCACGGACAUUUCGUUAAGCGUGUACUCGAUGUACCGAAUCUAAAAAGUAUUCACAGUUAAAUAACAAUGAAUGUAUGAUGAUACACGAAAGCGAAGUUCAAGAUUAAUCACAAUUUUAUUACUACCUAAAUUAAAACAAAUUAUCAACUUAUAUUUCAAGUCCUUUUUGUAUAAGAUGCCAUGUUUAUUAUAAUGAUAAAAAUCAAAUAUUCGUAAUAAUUGAGAUGUUCAUACUUUUCACUUUCCUUCUUAUAUUUGAUACUUUUUAAACAUUAUUUAAAAUAAUAGAAAAUAAUGUUCACUUAUGACAGUCAUAAGAGCAUCAUAGCUAUGACUCUCUUAAGACAGCUUUGAUUUACAUUCUAUAACAUAUUAUAUGAUAAUCAUAAGAUGAUCAUAAAAUAUGUCCUAAGAUAUAUCUUAUGACAUAUCGUAUGAUACUUUCGAAAACCAGGCCCCUGGGCCAUAUAGAAUUAAGUUAGUCACAAUUUUCAAUAAGGUUUCUUCAUUAGACAAAUGUAUCUUGUGACCAUGUCAUCCAACUAUAAAAGCUGCCAUUGCUAAAAAUAAAACAUAUUGGUUUACUAUAGAUGUCUAAGGGAAAAUUGUAGAAGAAAAAAAUAUUUUCAUAUGUCAAAACUUGAAAACUAGUCUUAAUAAUGAUAAGGGAUCUUUAGUAACUAUACUUAGAAUCAAAUAGGAUGCUCUGCUAUUGAUUUAACAAAUGGUCCAAAAUAAAUUAAACGUGGCCUCAAUCAUGAUUAAGGUUUCUAAUACUAUUUGGUAUGCUUAUAAACCUUAUUCUAUGUGAUUUCCAAAAAAAAAACCACUGUAGAUACAGGUGAGCGACAGAGGCUCUUGAGAGCUUCUAAUUGUAUUUUUUGUAUAUUUUUCUACAUAUUUGUAAAUAUUUGUUUGUCGAAUAUCGUUAGAUUUGAUAUACAUAUUAAUUUUUGAUAGUCUCUAUGACAUUUUGUACCUUUAUUUUGCUCUUGCCAAUGUAGAAUUAUGCGGAUGUUUAAAGAUAUAUACAAUUAAUUUAAAUAAAAUACGUAUGUUUUGUAUAAAUUUACAAAACGUUAUUGGGUGUCUUUACAGUAGGACAAACAAUUCUAGUUGUCGUUCAAUUAAAGAAAACAACAACAACAACACCUCAUUUAUGCCAUUGAAACAUUGACUCCAAGUAAAAUAGCUGAAUUUGAAAAGGUAGAAGCUUGAAGUUUAGGGAUGUUCCCUGCUCUGUUUAGAAAAAACAAGCUUUAAAAAAAACUGUUAUAAAUUGAUAGUGUAUAAGGUUUAAGACCACCAAAUCAUAGUACGUUACAUCCGG